GUCGAAAGACUUUAAUGUGUUUGAAAAUACCUAACAACAAAGCCUGGCCCACAGCUGGUAUUUCAAUAAUGUUAAUUUCCUUGCUUCCCUCUUGAGGUCCUUAAGAUUCAUAGGUUCUCCGGACUCCUUGAAAGUUUUGUGUAGAUGCAUGAGGUGUAUUUUUCUUGGAAAUAAAGUCCACAGUUAAACAGAUUAUCUUGGGGCCAGCGAUUUCCCCGAAAAUAAAUUGUAGAUUCUCCUUCCUGCAAUGCUAAGGGGUGAAUCUCUUUUGCGGGAGACUGGAUUCUUUCGGUGUGUGUUUUGCUCUCUGGGUACUCUUUCUGUAGUCGGGUAACAGAGGAGGAUGACCAAGCCCCUCGCGGGGGCGGGGGCGGGUCACUCCCGGACAGGGCCCCCAUGAAGUUUCCCUGGGGGCUGUGUGACUCCCUAGGGGUCGGGUUACCUCCCAGAUGGGGGUGGGGUAUCACUUGCAGCUGGAAGGCAGGUUCAUUUUAAGGUCUCGCGGGCUUCGCAGGCCCCUCCCUCACUGAGAAACCGGCUUUUGUCGUUCUUCUGAAGCCAGAGCUAGUCUUUCCAGGUGUUAGUCGAAACCUCGUGGUGCGACCCUGGUCGUCCCAAACCCCCUAGGCCUUAAUCCUGGGGCGGUGGGGGCGGGGAGGCCGUAAGCACAGCUUCCGCUCCUCCAAUCCGCCAGAGGGCGCAGCGGCCGGCCUCUCCCUUCCCGGGGUUCUUCGCGCCGGGGCCCUUCCGCGUGGGUGAGUGAAUGUGAGAGUCAGCGCUCGCGCCGCGCGCGCCGUCCGCCUCCGCUGUUCGGCGCUCUGCUUUAGGCGGUGAGGGGCGGGCGCGCGCGUAAAAGCAUAGAGACGGGCGUUGAGGUCUUGGGCUAGAGCGUCGCCGAGUCGGAGCCGGAGCCUGAGCCGCGCGCUGUGUCUCCGCUGCGUCCGCCGAGGCCCCCGAGUGUCAGGGACAAAAGCCUCCGCCUGCUCCCGCAGCCGGGGCUCAUCUGCCGCCGCCGCCGCGCUGAGGAGAGUUCGCCGCCGUCGCCACCCGUGAGGAUCCGAGAGCCAUGUCGGCCAGCAGCCUCUUGGAGCAGAGACCAAAAGGUCAAGGAAACAAAGUACAAAAUGGAUCUGUACAUCAAAAGGAUGGAUUAAACGAUGAUGAUUUUGAACCUUACUUGAGUCCACAGGCAAGGCCCAAUAAUGCAUAUACUGCCAUGUCAGAUUCCUACUUACCCAGUUACUACAGUCCCUCCAUUGGCUUCUCCUAUUCUUUGGGUGAAGCUGCUUGGUCUACGGGGGGUGACACAGCCAUGCCCUACUUAACUUCUUAUGGACAGCUGAGCAACGGAGAGCCCCACUUCCUACCAGAUGCAAUGUUUGGGCAACCAGGAGCCCUAGGUAGCACUCCAUUUCUUGGUCAGCAUGGUUUUAAUUUCUUUCCCAGUGGGAUUGACUUCUCAGCAUGGGGAAAUAACAGUUCUCAGGGACAGUCUACUCAGAGCUCUGGAUAUAGUAGCAAUUAUGCUUAUGCACCUAGCUCCUUAGGUGGAGCCAUGAUUGAUGGACAGUCAGCUUUUGCCAAUGAGACCCUCAAUAAGGCUCCUGGCAUGAAUACUAUAGACCAAGGGAUGGCAGCACUGAAGUUGGGUAGCACAGAAGUUGCAAGCAAUGUUCCAAAAGUUGUAGGUUCUGCUGUUGGUAGCGGGUCCAUUACUAGUAACAUCGUGGCUUCCAAUAGUUUGCCUCCAGCCACCAUUGCUCCUCCAAAACCAGCAUCUUGGGCUGAUAUUGCUAGCAAGCCUGCAAAACAGCAACCUAAACUGAAGACCAAGAAUGGCAUUGCAGGGUCAAGUCUUCCGCCACCCCCGAUAAAGCAUAACAUGGAUAUUGGAACUUGGGAUAACAAGGGUCCCGUUGCAAAAGCCCCCUCAUCACAGGCUUUGGUUCAGAAUAUAGGUCAGCCAACCCAGGGGUCUCCUCAGCCUGUAGGUCAGCAGGCUAACAAUAGCCCACCAGUGGCUCAGGCAUCAGUAGGGCAACAGACACAGCCAUUGCCUCCACCUCCACCACAGCCUGCCCAGCUUUCAGUCCAGCAACAGGCAGCUCAGCCAACCCGCUGGGUAGCACCUCGGAACCGUGGCAGUGGGUUCGGUCAUAAUGGGGUGGAUGGUAAUGGAGUAGGACAGUCUCAGGCUGGUUCUGGAUCUACUCCUUCAGAACCCCACCCAGUGUUGGAGAAGCUUCGGUCCAUUAAUAACUAUAACCCCAAAGAUUUUGACUGGAAUCUGAAACAUGGCCGGGUUUUCAUCAUUAAGAGCUACUCUGAGGACGAUAUUCACCGUUCCAUUAAGUAUAAUAUUUGGUGCAGCACAGAGCAUGGUAACAAGAGACUGGAUGCUGCUUAUCGUUCCAUGAACGGGAAAGGCCCCGUUUACUUACUUUUCAGUGUCAACGGCAGUGGACACUUCUGUGGCGUUGCAGAAAUGAAAUCUGCUGUGGACUACAACACAUGUGCAGGUGUGUGGUCCCAGGACAAAUGGAAGGGUCGUUUUGAUGUCAGGUGGAUUUUUGUGAAGGACGUUCCCAAUAGCCAACUGCGACACAUUCGCCUAGAGAACAACGAGAAUAAACCAGUGACCAACUCUAGGGACACUCAGGAAGUGCCUCUGGAAAAGGCUAAGCAGGUGUUGAAAAUUAUAGCCAGCUACAAGCACACCACUUCCAUUUUUGAUGACUUCUCACACUAUGAGAAACGCCAAGAGGAAGAAGAAAGUGUUAAAAAGGAACGUCAAGGUCGUGGGAAAUAAAAGGCAGUUCUACACAGACUGCAGCAACGGUUGCAUCUGCAUACCCUAAGAGGAAAAAAUGACCUUCAAGAGAAUUAGGACUUUUUUCUUAAUUUCACUGACUUCAGAGACGAUUGCAGACUUGCAGUUUAAGUAUUGGAAUUUCACAAAAGACAUAGGACUUAACUGGAAAAUGAAAAAAAAAAGAAAAAGAAAAAACUAAACAAAAAAUCCCUCUAGGUAGUUUAGGUGAAAAAUGUCCCUUUUAUUUUGGCUUUGGUUGUGAUUUCAGAGCAUAAUGCUAUGUUUUUUUGUCUUUUUACUAUGUUUUUCGGAUUUUUAAGUCCGUAAGUGCAUACAGUUUUCUCUAAUUUUUAAACCCUUUCCUCCUCCCAUUUUGACAUUUGCACUUGGAGAACACUUGAGUUGUGAAGGUUUUGGGCAUCCACCCCAGAAAGUGGGAAUUUGAUUUUAUCCUUCCGAACUGGAAGAACAUUUUUAUGAAGAAUUUUUGUCUAGGAGAAUAUAACAGUGUUACCCAAGGUUGUGUCUUUAAGGGUGGUUCAUUUUCUCUGACCUUUUGUUACUCAAAGUAAAGUACUAGGAGUCCUAAGAAAUGUUCUGUUCUUGUACAUUAUACUGAUUAAGUCAGGAUUAAUUUGAUUUCAAAGCUAAGAACAGUGGUAAAAACUCGUUUACAGAAAUGCAUUUUGGAAGAGAAAAAUACUGUAAAACGUGUAGUGAAUGUUUCUUCAGUUUCUUGUUCAGCCAAUGAGGAAAGGGCAUUGCCUUUCUUUUUACCAUUAAUCACUUCUCAAUAAACGUGAGAUCCUGUUGAGCAUCA